CCGCGAGUUUUUUUCUUCUGGUUCCUCUUUCGAUUACAGUUAGCCGGAUUAUUUAUAUCAUUUGCUUUUAGGUAUAGUAUUUGAAGGUGAUACUUUAGAAGAAUGACUGAGUGAUGGAUACUGAGAACGACUCUGUCGAGCGGAUACUUGUGACACAGCUCUUAAUCUUUUAUUUUGAAGAUCUAUUGCGUGCCGGAAGUUACAAUGCCUCUGGAAAAGAGGCAUCCUGCUGCAGUAUGAGGACAAAGAUUUAUAGCAAAGCGACAAACAAUUAGAGGUCCUACAUGAAUGUCGAAAUGGUUGCAUUUGUUCCGACCGUAUGUUUUGGUGGGAUAAAUAAUGAAAACCUAUAACUAGCUUAUUUGGCGGACACUGUUCAGUCCUCCGUGAUGUCUCAUAGUAAACAUGGGAACGGUGAAUGGUUUGUAGCAGUGCGGAUGGCUGUCGGAACCGGUUUGUCCACAGUUUGUCCGUUUCAUCAAUGACUAUGGAUGUCAAAGCAGUUGUAGAGUUCGCCACAGUUACCAGAGGUCUCUCUCUGGUUUUACAGGCUGUCCUGAACGCUGCCAUCCCUGACCAUGAAGCCGAUGCCUUCAGGCCCCCUCGGACAGAAGAGCCCUUGUACCUGGACUCUGUGGUGGACUGGUUGUUUGGUGGCCUCGCUCACUGGGAUGCUGAGCAUUUUCUCUUCAUUGCAGAGAGAGGAUACCUCUAUGAGCACAACUUUGCCUUUUUCCCACUUUUCCCCAUCGUUUUGCGGGGCCUCGCUGAGACUCUGCUGUGGCCCCUCAGCAGUUGGCUCAGUGUGAGGGGCCGGUUGCUUCUGGCUGUUGCUCUGGGGAACAGCGCCUUCUUCCUGUUGAGUGUGGUUGCCCUGUAUGCCCUGAGCAGAGCGGUUCUUCAGGACAGACGCCUCGCUCUGCUCUCCAGCCUGCUGUACUGCUUUACACCUGCCAAUGUGUUCAUGACCGCUGGAUACUCGGAGAGCCUGUUUGCUGCUCUCACGUUCGGUGGUCUGUUCCUCCUGGAGAAAGGCUUCACCCUCAGAGCCUGCCUGGCCCUCAGCAUCGCCACGGCAGCGCGGUCCAACGGACUGGUUAAUAUAGGCUUUCUUCUGUAUCUUCCGUCACUGAAUGCCAUUUCACAGAUUCGUGUGUAUCGGGCAACAACUGAAGGGCGCAGUAAAGUCCUGCACUAUAUCUGGGUCAUCCUCCGUCUCCUGCUCACAUCCCUCUUUGGAACUGCAGUCAUCGCGCUCCCCUUCUGUGCUUUCCAGUACUACGGCUACAGGACGUUUUGUACGCCGUCCACCUCCCUGGAGCAGAUCCAUCCGGCUCUUUUGUCCCUGGGGGAGCGGAGGGGCUACCGGGUGCCAGACGAAAACGGUCCGCCGCCACUCUGGUGCAUGAGACCCCUCCCUUUGCUUUAUUCGCACAUUCAGGAUGUGUACUGGGACGUGGGCUUCCUCCGUUACUUUGAGCUGAAGCAGAUACCAAAUUUUAUUCUGGCUAUGCCCAUGGCUACGCUCGCCAUUAUGGCUGCCUAUGCAUAUUUUCAGGCUAACCCAGAGCUGUGUUUGAGGCUCGGACUUUGGGGGACGGGACUGGAGAAACCAACACCGGGCUUCUUUAACCCCAAAGCCUUUGUGUAUGUCGUUCACUCAACUGUGCUCCUCGUAUUUGGAACCCUGUGCAUGCAUGUGCAGGUUCUCACCAGAUUCAUGGCCUCCUCAUCUCCGGUGCCCUUCUGGAUAAGCGCUCACCUCCUCCUCCUCAACGAGCCUCUUCUUCACCGAAGGAAGACCUCCAACCCCAAUGUGCAGCUGCAGACUGACCCCAAAAACAGCUUCAUGCACACACCUCAGAACCCCAUCCUAGCACUGCUGCCACAUUUUAAAUCCUGUUCUCCCACCACUCAAAGCAUCCUGGGUUAUUUCCUCUCAUACUGGAUACUGGGCCUUGCUUUGCAUUGCAAUUUCUUGCCUUGGACUUGAUUUAAUACAGUAGUGUGAAGACAAAAUGGGAUAUUUCUGUGUAGAUAUUUCAUGUAAAUACACUUAUUUAUGAGGGUUGCUGGGGCAUAUCAAUAGAAAUCUUUUUAACUUUUUAAUAUAAAAUGAUAAUGGUAGUCUGCCUUGGAAAAAAUGGACACAUAAAAUAAAUAUUUUUAUGAACAUCUGAUUAAAAAAACUAAAUCUCUGUAGGACAAAGUUGAAAUGUUUUCUCAUAUUUACGUUGUCACCCAGUUUGAAAUGCUCCCGAGAUUACAAAAAAUAUCCAUAUAUUUUGUGCUUGAUUCGCACUAUUGCACAUUGUAAUAUAGAGUGGUUGCAUGGUUCUACUUGAGAACAUUAUUACUGAAACUUGCAUCAGAAUCCAAAUAAGUUCAUCUUCCCUCACAAGUACUGCACGUUUAAAGCAAAUACUCAACCUCAACGGCUUUUUUAAAAACUGAUGUCAAAAAUAAAAGCUAGGUUAAUUUUU